AUGAACGCUGAUGACGAAUGUGACUACGAGCUAGCAAACUCAGGAAGUCGUCAGACCAUCGACCUAGCCCUAUCAUGUCUAGGGCUCCUACUAGGCUCCAUACACCUAACCCUGCUCAUCUACAUACGAUACGCUCAGAAACACAAAGGUUUCUUCCUGAUGCUAAUCCAAGCCAUCAUCAGUGUGUUAACAAUGUCAUUUCUGAUAUUUGGCUGCAUUGUAGACAUGUGUGCCAUCAGAUUGAAUUCUGUUUUGGCAUUCUUCAGAGCUUACAUCUGGUUAUUCUUGGUUAAUGCUCUAAUUGCUGCUUAUGGUUUUAUUGUUGUUGCUCUGUGUUUGGAUAGAUAUGUAGCAUUGAACAACCCGUUAUAUUAUAAGUUGUCAUUUUCGAAACUGAAAGCAAGAUUGGUUAUCAUGUUGAUAUGUACUGUGGUUUCUGUUUUGGUCUGUUUCAAGUGGUUGAUCUACAAUAAGGUCGAUGGUGUUGAUGGCUUUGUGGAGAAUGAAGUUGUGAGUUUAACAUAAUGUUAUCUUAACACUUUAGGCAUUAAUUUGUCAAUGUAAAAAAAUUUUUUUUUGAAUUUUACGUUUUUUAAAAUCUUUAAAAUUUUUUUUUACAAAAAAAACUUUUAAAUUUAAAAAUAUUUUUUAAACUCGUUUACAGAUAACUUCAACCCUCUGGUAUAACGUGAUAAAAACUGCUUCGGCUUUAAUGCAAUACUUUGUUUCUGGCGUUGUGAUGAUACUUUUAAGUGUCAGUAUCAUAAUAAAGUUAAAAGACGUCAACUAUCAACAUUCAGUCGAACUACGGCUAGCUGAAGGCUCCAUGAAUGAGUGGACUAAACAUCAUAAGGUAAGGCAGGAAAGUUGCCAGCGAUUCUUGCUAUAAGCUUCUAAUUUUGAUUUAGACUUAUUUUUUAAUUUUUUAGGUUAGUGAAAAUCUCAGUUUUAAACACUUUUCGCAAGACAACUCUUUCGUUGCGGGACCUAAGUUGAACUCUUAAGGGUUGGUUGCGCCACGGCCUGGUUUCUUUCAAAGUUGCUUUGACUUUUAAAAAAAAUUAGUUUACUCGUAUUUUACAUUUCAGACUACUGCCAACAUUUGUAUUUUCCUAACGUUCUCGUAUAUUUUGUGUAACUGGCCGUAUGCUUUGGCUGAUUAUUUCUACAGUCCUGAGGUAAGUCAUUAUUUGGUAAAUUAAAAGUUUCAAAACAACAGAAAUUAUAAUCCUAAUCAAGAAAAACAAAUUAAAAUUUUUUUAAAGCAGUAAAUUCAUCAAAAGCUUAAAGAAAUCACAAAUAUCGUAUUUUACAAAAAAAUUUUAAAAAAUCUUUCCAGCUCUCCAACACACUCUGGUACGGCACAAUUGAAGUAAUAAUCAAUAUCCUCCAACUUUUGUACCUCCAACUCAACAUUUUCUUCUUCGCUUACUGUAGCCGGAUAUAUCGUCAGAAUCUGUGUUUCCUAACGGCGUGUACCACAAACGAAUUGAAAAAGUUGAUCGCUUGGCAAAAAAAGUUUUAUAUCACAAGGAAAUAAAGCCAGCUGUUAGUUGAAUUGGAUCUGAUUAGUCAUUGUUUUAUUUUUGUUUAGUUUGUGAGACUCUCGAUUAACUUUCUAAUUUGUUAGGGUUUUAGGCUUAAUUUUGAGGCUUUUUUAAACAGAAUGGAUUGACGAAUCGUAUUUUACCACUAUAAAUUUUAAUUUAAAUUGUUUUAGAUAGAAAAAAUAGUCAUUUUUAGAUAAUUUUCGUUUAUUUUACCUUUAAAUAUAAACUUUCUUGAAGUAAUAAUAAACUAAAAAAGGUCUUGUCGUUUUUCAACCUUAAAAUACACAUAAAACAACGACAAGACUUAUGACUUAGGCAACUUGUUUACUUUUGAUUAUUAAAGACCGGACCAAUAUUUAUGCACCGCCUCGGGCCAAAAUAUUCCGACCCUUUUCCUUUAAACUUUGCUUUGAUUCGACCAGAGCCCGACCUGGCCUAGUAGGCCUCUUUUCAACCUUUGAUGCCAUAACAAAUUUUACAAUUUUCAACAAUCAAACUUUCUAAGGCCUAUAAAAAUUCCAGAAAACCAUGUUGAAGCUAUCCCUCUUACUCCUAAUCAUAACCUUCUCCACCGUUCACACCGGCAUCAUUGGCCGUACUCAAAGUGCUGGUGCUCAAGGAGUUUUACUGUGUCACGGCCAACGAGUAGCCAACGUACUUGUCAAACUGUUUGACGCUGAUACUGGAGUAGAUCGCGAUGAUUUGUUGGCUUCUGGCAAGACGGACAGAAAUGGAUUCUUCAGAAUCAGUGGAAGCACCAAGGAGAUCACUAACAUUGAUCCGAAGUUGAAUAUUUAUCAUGAUUGCAACAAUCAGUUGGUGAGUUUACUUAUUUUGUUAAAGUUUUGAUAAUGUUUUUUCUUUUUAAACUCAAAUUUUUGUGAUUUUUAGAAAUUUUCAUGUUUGCACCACGCAGUAGAUUAUAUUUACAUUGCUCAACAGACAUACUACUAUUCUUUCUAAUUUUAAAUAAAAAAUUUUAAAUUUUUUAAGUUGCUUUAUAAAAUUUCAACUUUUCAGCCCUGCAAGCGAAAGUUCAGUUUCCCAAUCGCCGACCAGUACAUUAGCAAAGGAAAAACAGUACAAAGUCAUUAUGAUGUUGGAUACCUCGAAUUGUCAGAAAAAUUCCCUGGAGAAGCUCGUGAUUGUAUUCACUAA